AUGGCGACUUUUGUUAUGUUGUUGCUGGCACUGCUUCCUGAAAUGACAUGCAAGACUCACAUUGUGAAGUGUCAUGUCCAUGAUCCACACCCUCCACUUCACAAGUAUCACCAGUCAGGAGACCUCAUCCUUGGUGGCUUAGCUUCUCACAGCUUCAUCAUUUCCAAUGCAUUAGCCUUCACUAUAGAACCCCCACAGGCAUUGCCCGAAGAGCUUGCGUAA